GUGAACCACGUCCGCGCAGUUAGGAUUGCAAAGUGAAACAUCUGCUGAGAUCAGUAGCUAGGCCCGCCGGUCUACACGCCUCGCGAAUGGAAGCAUGAUCCAAGCACGCCACAAAAUCCAAAGCCCUAUAAAUGGUGAGGAUGGGACGUAGUCCUUUCGGGCCCCAGUCUCAAACACUUUCGUACGGAAUCGGAAAUCAACCUGCGAUAUGCUUCGAACUCCGAGGGACGUUGUAGGGCUGAUUAGCGAACGCUUCUACGCGGAUGACGGAGACAUCCUCAUAUCGUCUUGCGAUGGUAUGCAGUUCAAGCUGCACAGGCAGAACCUGCACAUGCAUUCGGAUAUCUUUCCCGGAGAAGAGGUCCAUGCGGGCGACGAGAUCGUGGACUUGUCGGAAGACUCGGCCACGCUGGACCUUCUGUUCCAGUAUAUGUAUCGCCAGCCGCAGCCGGACCUACGCCACGUUGAGUUCGAGCAGCUGGCAAAGCUAGCGGAGGCUGCGGAGAAGUACCGUGUCUUUGCCGCUAUGGAGAUCUGCAAGGUUUUCAUGAGGUCCUCAUUGUCCUCUGGAAAGGAUCCCGUCAUCAUACUGGGCUAUGCUGCGCGCCAUGGAUAUCAGGAACUUUGCGCUGAGGCCGCACCACUGACGCUCAACGUGUCAGCCCGGGACGCUCUGGACCAUUUGGGUCCGUCGCAUUUCGUCAGCUGGAGUCUUUACCGCGAUCCUUGGGUACAGGCCUUACUCGAUGCCUACCAUCCACCACCAUCGGGCGGUAUCCUGCACAAGGGGGGAUCCUCGGAGUGUGAUCUCUGGAAGCCCUUCGUGCUCGCCGUGAUUGACGAUAUGGGCCGCGACUUGGCAACAGUUAGCCUGAUUUCCUCGGUCCUCGAGAAGAACUACGAAAGAUUGCGGGACUGUCGUCAUUGCAAAAUGCGAGCCCAAACAUGGCGGGACCAGAUCCAACGGCGCAUUGCUGAAUUGCCGAGUUUCCAGCUCUGAACUAUGCAUCAGAUGUUGUUCCCCAGCGUCGAUUCAUAACCCU